AUGGCUCGGCUCAGAGACUCACGCUCACCAACUCCAACAGGAAGUCAGCAAUCUUCAAGAAGACACCGCAAAGAUGAUGACAGAAGAGAUCGAGAUCGAUAUCGGGAACGCGACCGUCGAGACCCUGGCCUAGAUGCAAGACGUCGGAGUCGCUCUCGGAGCCCACAUGAUCGUCGAAAUCGGGAUCGAGACAGAGACCGAGAUAGAGACCCAGACUUUCGCCGACGUAACCGUUCCACCGAUCGCCGAGAUGAUGAUUACUAUCGAGGCCCAAGGGAUCGUAGGCGAUCGCGUGAUCGCUUCUUAGAAAGGGAUGGAGAUCGCCCCUCUGACCUUCGCCGGCGUAGGAGUCGUGACCGUGACAAUGACAAGGGUCAUCGAAAUAGGCGAGACGAUUCCCGUGACCGACUAAGAGGACGACGCGAAGGUACUACUGACUCUCAUCCACGCAGUAGGCGAGGUGACAGCCGUGAGCAAGGCCCAGCACCCAGCGAGACGUCUAAGACGUCCAAAACGAAGGCAUCUGAUACAGAAUCAAAAUCGAAGCCAGCGGCUGCCCCGCCUGACGCCGACAAGAAAGCCGAGCGGCUUGCCAAAUUAGCAGCAUGGAAAAAGAAACAGGAGAAGAAGGAGAAGCAGAAGGAGCCGACCCCGGGUGCCACGCGCAAGCUCCUUGCUGAAAUGGACCAGAAGGCUAAUGCAGAGCCAACCAAUCCGAUACCAACCCCAGCAUCACCUGCAGACCUACCCGCUCCUUCACCAGCAGCUCCCUAUGCUGGAAAAUUCGACCCUAAGGCUAUAGCUAAGAAGUCUGCUCCUAAGACACACUCCCCUAGUACCGCCCCCAAGUUGGGUGUCAUUGCCGGCCCACCGUCCGCAGCCGUAGCUUCGGCGACAAAAGCCCCAAGUGUAUCCGCUCUUCCACAGAGUAGAGCCAAGACGAGUGGUUUUGGCUUCCACAAGCAAAAUGCAGAAGCGGAAAGGUUAUCGCAGAAGCGGAAACUGAUGCUCGACGAGGAAGAAACAUCUGACAGAAAACUUGCUAAGCUGCCCUCCCUUCCCCUUGGCGAUGUCGAUGAUACACCCUAUGAAAACCAGGAAGAAGAAGACGAUGAAGAUACAGUUCCUUUCGCUGGAGAUGAGGCGGAAGAGGCUGCCGCGGCUCGAGCAGCCCAAGAGAGACGAGAAGAGCGUAUUGCGCAAGAGAAUGCUCAACAAGCAGCAGAAAUGCAAGUGGAUCAACCUGAAGAGGACAAAGUCUCAGAGACAAUCGGUAUUGCUCAGAACAACCAGCUAAACGAGGCUAUGGAGGUCGACGAGGACGAUGUUGACCCUCUAGAUGCUUUCAUGAAUGAUCUUGAAACGAAGCCGGUGGCGGAUAAACGUCCUAAAGCAAAUGCUAACCAGAGUAAAGAUUCACAAGAACCUGAAGCGUACUUUAGUGAUGACGAGUUCGACUAUCGGAAAGAGAACGUGGACCCUGAUUCAUUCUUAGCUAUCGCAGCAAAAGCCCGCAAGAAGAAAGACAUUCCGUCCGUUGACUAUAGCAAGAUUGACUUGGAACCCGUUCGGAAGAACUUCUGGGUUGAACCGGCCGAGCUAUCAGAAAUGACCGAUGCUGAAUUAACAGAUCUCCGUAUCGAACUAGAUGGAAUCAAGGUAUCCGGUAAGGAUGUGCCGAAGCCAGUUCAGAAGUGGUCUCAAUGUGCCUUGUCCCGCAAAACUCUUGACAUCGUUGAUAGUUUGGGAUUUGAAAAGCCUACGCCGAUUCAAAUGCAAGCGUUUCCUGCCAUCAUGUCUGGACGAGAUGUCAUUGGUGUUGCAAAAACUGGCUCGGGAAAGACACUUGCCUUCCUACUACCUAUGUUCAGGCACAUCAAAGAUCAACGGCCACUAAGGGAGAACGAAGGUCCCAUCAGCUUAAUUAUGACUCCUACGCGUGAGUUGGCUACCCAAAUACACCGAGACUGCAAGCCGUUCUUGAAGUCGAUGAACCUUCGGGCGGUUUGUGCUUAUGGCGGUGCGCCUAUCAAGGAUCACAUCGCGGAGUUGAAGAGAGGUGCGGAAAUCGUCGUCUGCACUCCAGGUCGCAUGAUCGAUCUACUAGCAGCUAACCAAGGCCGCGUAACAAACUUGAAAAGGGUCAGCUAUGUUGUCCUCGACGAAGCAGACAGAAUGUUCGAUAUGGGUUUCGAGCCGCAGGUGAUGAAAAUCUUUGCGAACAUGCGACCGGAUCGUCAAACCAUUCUUUUCUCGGCCACCAUGCCACGUAUCAUGGACGCCCUUGCUAAGAAAGUCUUGAACAGUCCCGUAGAGAUCACUGUCGGUGGUAGGAGCGUUGUUGCCCCCGAGAUUACCCAAGUUGUAGAGAUUCGAGAAGAGAAUGCCAAGUUUAUUCGCCUGCUCGAGCUACUGGGUGAGCUCUAUGACAAGGACGAGGAUGCUCGAACUCUUGUGUUUGUGGAGCGACAGGAAAAGGCGGAUGAUUUGCUAAAGGAAUUAUUGCGGAAAGGCUACCCCUGCAUGUCAAUUCACGGUGGAAAGGACCAGAUUGACAGAGAUUCUACAAUUGAGGACUUUAAGCACGGUGUCAUCCCCAUUCUAAUCGCUACGUCUGUGGCUGCUCGUGGCCUCGAUGUGAAACAGCUGAAGCUGGUUGUCAACUACGAUGCUCCAAACCAUCUUGAAGAUUACGUGCAUCGUGCUGGUCGUACCGGACGUGCUGGCAACAAGGGAACGGCGGUUACUUUUGUAACAGGGGAGCAGGAGAACUGUGCCCCCGGAAUUGCCAGAGCCCUCGAACAAAGUGGACAGCCAGUACCGCCACAGUUAGAAGAUAUGCGUAAAGCCUUCAGAGAUAAGGUUAAGUCCGGAAAGGCCAAAGACCAAUCGGGCUUUGGCGGCAAAGGACUCGAGCGCCUUGAUCAGGAACGAGAAGCCGCCCGGGUGAGAGAACGAAAGACCCACAGGACAGAAGGCGAUGAAGAGGAGGAGAAGAAGGAGGAGAAGGGUGGCGAGGAGAAGAAGGGCGAUAAAGCUUUGUCGGCCAUACAAACUGCGGCUUCGGGAAUAAUAUCUCGUGACACCGCUACUGCUCCCAAAGUUGACCUGGAACCGAAAUUUACUAUUCAUAAAAGGGAGGAGGCGGCGCCAUCCUCAAGCGGCAACAACCCCUUGGACAAGGUCUCUUCUGCGAUUAAUGCGAUCAAUGCUCGUCUGGGUCGCGCUGGUCAGUUGAGACCAGGGCAGCCGAUUGAUAAUAAGGGCCCAGAUGCGGGUGCAUUCCACGCAACUCUCGAAAUCAAUGAUUUCCCUCAGAAGGCUCGCUGGGCUGUCACGAAUCGGACCAAUGUGGCUAAAAUUCUGGAAGCUACCGGUACGUCUAUCACCAACAAGGGUACCUUUUAUCCACUCGGAAAGGAGGUGCCGCCUGGUGCCGAACCCAAGCUUUACGUGUUGGUAGAGGGAGAUACUGAGAUGAUGGUGGCUAAUGCCAUGUCUGAACUCACUCGUUUACUCAAGGAAGGUACAUUAGCGGCUGCGGAUGCGGAUAGCAGGGCCCCCAUCGGUGGCAGAUACACAGUCACUUAGAAAAGAAGGAAGCUUGUGUAGGAAACAAGCAUGGAAUGUAAAUCAAAUAUCCUGGGCAAGGCUUUAUGGACAGGUGUUUUUCUAAGUACAUGAAUGAUAUCGGCGUUGAGCAAAGGCGCAUGAAGAGAGCCGGACAGACAAACCAUACGCAGAUGAGAACAGAACAAGGGAAUGCUGAAGCAGGUAUAAUACAACAGUUAGGGGACACGAUUUCGAUGAUCGGGCCAAUAUUAGUUAGCUCCAUCUAUGAAGAUCCCAUUGCUCUUCGUUUCCCGCAUCCUGGGCUUGGUCUUACAUUAGAUUACUGGAUCUGAUCUGAUUCUAGUUGUGACUUCUCGCCGCUGCCGCCUCGUCGGCGUCUCGUUGUC